UUUUUUUUUUGUCCAACCCUGGUAGGACUCAACGGUUUGGCCGCAUUCGUCAAUCUCCCUGCUCAGUGCUCAUCAUGACUUCGCAAAUGGAUACAGAUGAGCAAUCCAUAGUCCUCCCCACUAGCACAACGUCCGGAUUGUCUUUGUCGCUGCAUCCCCUGCCGAUCCUGAACAUCUCUGAACAUUUGACGAGACUAAAGCUUCAGACUCGGUCCAAUUCACCUUUCGUCCUCGGCGCAUUGCUAGGCACCCAGAACGGUCGAGAAGUCGAGAUUGUAAACACAUUCGAACUUGCCACAGAAGAGGGUCGCGAUGACCUUGUAGAUCACGACUUCUUGGUAUCUAGACGAGAUCAGUAUAAACAGGUGUUCCCCUCUUUAGAGUUCAUUGGAUGGUACACAGUAGCUUCUGUGCCGACCUCUCGUCACAUCGCGUUACAUGAGCAGUUUACAGGGUACUGCUCGACGCCCCUCCUGCUUGUCCUACAACCCUCCAUAAUAACUUCUUCUUCAUCUGAUGUCACGGGCCAGACACUUCCUUUCAAGGCUUAUGAGCCCACCAUCGAAAUAAGGGAUAAGAGGACACGUUCUGUGUUCAUAGAAGCACCAUUCAAGGUAGAGACAGGUGAAGCCGAGCGUAUUGCUGUCGAUUGGACAGCCAAGGGUGGCGGAGGAAGUACCAGCCUUGAAUCUCAUCUUCAAACUCAGCGGGCAGCAGUCAAGAUGUUGCAUGAGCGAAUAUUGGUUCUUGUACAGUAUGUGACAAACGUGAUCGCAGGCCAAAUCCCGACAGAUCAUACAACCCUUCGAUCUUUGUCUGCAUUAAUUGCCUCGUUACCGGCCAGUGAGAACAAGGGCUUCCGCGACGAAUUUAACAUCGAGUAUGAAGAUGUCCAGCUUACUGCGUUGCUCUCAUCGCUUACGAAAUCGACAAACAUUUUGAAUGACCUUGUUGACAAGCACCUUGUACUCACAGGAGGAUCGCGGGACGAUCGCACUCUAAAUGUAAGGAGGAGGGGGAUGGGCAGACAAGGGAUGAUGCCAGGGGAUUGGGCGAUGCACCCUUAGUUAAUAAUUGAGAAUGUUAUGCCACGUAUUGUGUAUUCCUUCCUUACCCGACACCGAAUACUCAUACACAUGGAUCAUAUACUUGCAAUUGGAGCUCCUAAAUUUGUAUUUGUAUAUUUUUGUCUUGGACUGACUCACGUUUAACCAUCCAUCAUGGCACAUGUUGGAGUCCUAUCACCAGCCUCCCUCC